UGUAAUUCAAGAAAAGUUGCCGUGUUUUCUGAAACGAGAGAAACAAAGACGACGAUAUGGCUUCAACCAACCUUCAACAAACAUAUGAAGAUUUCAAGCCACUUGUGGAAGAAAAGGACUCUCCAGAUGCUCUUCUUCUGCUUGUUCAUCUUCCUGGUUUCAUUAGAGAACAAGUUGGUGCAACCUUUGAGGCAGACUCAAGGAAAAUUAGGGUUUUUGGUGAAAAACCACUUGCCAAUAAUAAACGGCAACGUUUCAAGGAAGAGUAUGUGAUUCCAGAAACUUGUGACAGUGAUAACCUCAAAGGAAAAUUUGAGGGAGCAGUUAUUACUAUUACAAUGCCAAAGAAGCCAAGUUCAAGUGUCAUUAUUGAAGAACCAAAACCAGUUCAAGAACCAGCCAAACAGGUCACUCCUCCAACAUCUACUUCUGGGGUUGAAAGUGAUAAAGAUGUCUCUCAAGAACAACCCAAAUCUGAAUUGGAGAGCAGGAGAGAAUCUGAUCAGAAAAAAGAUGAAAGACCAACCCCACCAGAAGCUACUGGAGAAUCUAAAAUGCCUCAAAAGUAUGCAGAAGAAAUUCCAGCAAAAGGUACAUUAGAUGAUGAACGAGACAAAAAGCAUAGGGAUGAGAUAAAGAAGACUGAAGAAACCCCACAAAAAGCCAAAGGCGAAUCUAGAAUGCCUCAAAAGUAUACAGAAGAAAUUCCGCCAAAAGGUACGUUAGACGAUGAGAAGAAUGAGGAAAACCAGAGAGCUGAGAAGGAAAGGAUCCAAAAAGAAGACAAUAAGAAGACUUCAGACGCAGGGAAAGCACCUCAGAAGGUUCAGACUUUGGCCAAAGAAGCAAGCAAGGAAAAAGGAAAAGAAUCUGCCAUGGUUGCUUCCAAAAGUUCUGGCUUGAAAACCCCUGAGAAGAGGGAGAAAGAAACGGAUGUCAAAACCCAUAAAGUCAAUAAAAGGAACUAUGGAACAAAAGAAAGUGAAUCGCCAAUAGGAAAAGGCUUCAAGAAUAUAGCUAACUCUGCUUCUCAAGCCAUAACAAGACUGGCGGAUGGGUUCAAUGAAGAAGAUAAACAGAAGCUGUUAUAUGCAGGUGCAGCAAUUCUGAUGGUGGCUGUAGGCAUUUAUGCUUCCUUCAAGCUUCGUUCCACAUGAAGCCAAUAGACAAAAGAAUAUCUACUUCCUCUGACAUGAUUCUGUACAAAAGUUCUACCCAAUAAUCACAUCUAAACAUGCUGUAAAAUAAGCAGGCCAACUUCUAGUGACUUCAAACUUAAGUUGACCUGCAGGUCCGUUUAGCCUUGAACAUGGUAUAAAUUGAUGUAACCAAUAAUUGAAAUAUUUGAUCAUAUGGAAGUCCUCAAAAACAA